GGGGAGAGUUUAAAUGAGGAAGGCUCGGCUCCGUGUUUUACUCGAACCACGCCUUGUCAGCUUCUGCUCGGGCUCCUCGGUCCCUCGGCAGCAACGCGUCCACGUGGGCCGCCGCGUUCCAUCGCAGUGGCUGUGUCGUUACCGAUCUUCUGCUGCUCCUGCUGCUGCGCACUGUGACGAGCGGCAUCGGCUGCGUAGAUCAAAGUUAACCACCACGCGACUCGUGAGGACCCCGCUCAGAUGGUGCAGAGCCAGGAUAUGGCAGCGUGGCCCACGGGGCUGUGAGCCGGCUCGGCAUGGGCCAGACGAGUGGUAAAACCAGGGGCUUGGCCGCGACCCAGUGGCGGCACCACGGCUCCUCAGAUCCACACGCCUCGGACCGUACGCCAACCCACACUCUGUGGUCCGGAUCCCAGAUCGGCGACACCGAGGAUCUCCGGGGGCUCGUGAGAAACCCUUCGCGAGACAGCGAGGGGUUCCGAGUCGACUUUGCGUGCCCCGACGAUGGCGCGGAGGUUCUGCGGGAACCUCCUGGCCCCGGGGGCUCGGGGCGCGAGGUGGGGGGGGGCCCGGGGCGCAGCUCCGGCGCCGCAAACCUCCACGCCGAGCCGUACGUGAGCGGUGAUGGGAGAGGGUGGUUCUUCGGCACCGUGAGUCGCGUCGAGGCGGAGCGCGUGCUGCUAUCCAGCGCCAACGAGCACGGCGCCUUUCUGCUGCGGGACGGAGGUGCUGGCAGGUUCAGCCUCUCGGGUGAGAUCCGGAUGGUGCGCGACGGAGACCUGGUGAAGCACGUGCGCGUGAGGAAGACCCGCACAGGAUUCUCCAUCUCGAAGGAGCGCAGCUUCGCAAGCCUCGCCGCACUCGUGGAGUCUCUCUGCAGCGGCGACUCCGCGCUCUGCAUCCAGCUCCGGGCGCCAUGCCGUGCGGUUCCCGAGGGAGAGGGCCCUGAGACCACGGGAUCGCUGGGCGACGUGUGGGAGGUCCCUGCCGAGGCAGUGAGCCUCGAGCGGAAGCUGGGAGAGGGGGAGUUCGGGGAGGUGUGGCAGGGCCUGUGGAACCACUCCACCCCCGUUGCCAUUAAGACCCUGAAGCCAGGACAUGCAGACGCAGAGAGCUUCCUGGAGGAGGCGCAGCUGAUGAAGGCGUUCCGGCACCCGCAUCUGGUGGCGCUCUACGCGGUGUGCACCACCAGCGAACCGUUCCUCAUCGUCACCGAGCUCAUGCCACAUGGCAGCCUGCGCCAGUGCCUGCAGGGCCAGAUGCACUGGAUGCUGGGAGUCCCCGAGCUGUUGGAGAUGGCUGCGCAGGUGGCAUCGGGCAUGGCCUACCUGGAGGCCCAGAACUACAUCCACCGCGACCUAGCGGCGCGGAACGUGCUGGUCGGAGACAACCUCACCUGCAAGGUGGCCGACUUCGGGCUGGCGCGCGUCAUCAAGGACGAAACCUAUACGGCCAAGCUUGGCUCUCGCUUCCCCAUCAAGUGGACGGCACCCGAGGCAAUCAACUACAACAAGUUCACGAGCAGGUCGGACGUGUGGUCCUACGGGAUCCUGCUCCAUGAGAUCUUCACCUACGGGGAGGAGCCCUACCCCGGGAUGAGCACCCACGAGUCCCUGGAGGCAGUGCAGCGCGGUUACCGGAUGCCGCGCGUGGCCGGCUGCCCGCAGGCCGUGUACGGCGCCAUGCUCGCCUGUUGGCAGGUGGCCUCCGACGCGCGGCCCACCUUCGCUGACCUCGAGUCGCACUUCUCCUCGCUGUCUGGGGUUGCGGCAAACGACCCCAACAAAGCUCAACACUCGACGGGCUGGGGGGAUGAGCGAGCCGCGACGCUGGGGUCCCGGCGAUCACAGCUGCCUUCAGCCACGACGACGAGGAGCAGGACGAGGAAUAGCGAAACCCUGCCUCACGACCUCACGCUGCCCAGGAAGAGCUCGUGUCGUGAUGGCAAAGAUGGGUCUGACGACAAGGUGGAUUUGGUGAAGUUUAUUCUCCGAUAGUCACAAGUGUUGUUUCAUCAUUAGAUUUUAGCGACUUAAAGAUGUUUUCAUUGUUGAUGUGACAGAACAAGUGACCUUUUGGGACCGAGGACUUGACGGGAGCUGUUCCACGUGCACGUGAAGUGAGGGUUCCUGCAACGGUUUAGUUUUUGUCCAAAACUUGGUGAAUUGUCGAGCAGCAUUUGUGAUGACCUGAAGUCAGUCCAGUGACUUCCUUUGUUCGUGGUUGGUUCAGCGACUUUGCACUUCACGGGAUUGGCAACACCAACAUCUGUAUCACGUCUCCAGGCCAGAUCCAGUGUAAAUGACUGCGCAGGCAUCACGCCAUCUGUUUUCCACUUGAGAGGAAUUUUACCUUUGGCGAGUAAUAAUAAUAAUCGGAUCGAUUUCCCCCGGCGAUUAACGUUUCUCUGCAGCAAAGCACUUGUGUGGGCAAUGGCGGAGCCAGGAUUUUCAGGUAGGGGGGGCAACCCCUCCAGGAAUGAAAAAUGAUAGUAGUUGUUAGUAAGGACUUGUCCCUUGCUUUUUAUUCAAUG